AACUGUUAUUUUAAAAAAGACUUGUGUAUCUAUCCUUCACCCUUACAUCCUGUUUGGAUUUUCCACCCUCGGAGUAUGUUUGGAAUCAAUUUUGACCCGGUACAAGACUCCCCUCGUAAAAAGUGUCUAUACCAAAUUUUUUUUAGGGUAAAAGACAUUUGUGUGUUGUUGUUUUUAUUUUUUUUAAUUUUUUUACAGCUGUCAAAUUUGACAGGUUAAGAAAACCUGUGUAUCAAUCCUUAAAUGGUGUUAGAUGUUUGGCGCCACCUACAGGACAUUUCUGCAUCAUGAAAACAAGUAAUGAUCAAGGUUCGAGCUCGGGGCAGCCAAUAGUCAGUCACCACUCUUUCCCAGAAGAAAAGCACCACUUUCCCUCUGCACUUCCCCUCAGUGUGCAAUCACUCAACCGGAGGGGCGAGGUGACCUGCAGCAGCUGGACACGAUGAUCUCCAACACGGCUCUUUGUACCAGAUAUCUGCGGAUCAACUGUGCUGCUUUCUCCAGAGCUGCAGAGGUUUCACGGAGACCAUUGGCACGCCGUCCAUUACCAUUACCAGCAGCAAGUCGUGGCAUUCAUGUGGACUGUCCGCCCAUCAUCCCGACUCUCACUAGCAGCUACGCCCAUGGCACCACUUCCUCAACUUUGCUCCACACCACAGUAGGACAGACCCUGCAGAAGACUGUCGAGCAAUGGCCUGACCGAGAGGCCGUGGCUUUUCUAGAAGACGGAGUCCGGAAGACCUUUGCACAGUUUUCCCAAGAUGUGGACCAGGCUGCAGCCGGGCUGCUGGCACUUGGACUGGAGAAAGGAGACCGUCUUGGCAUGUGGGGACCCAACACUUAUGAAUGGAUCCUGUUCCAAUUUGCAACAGCCAAAGCUGGCAUUAUAUUGGUGUCUGUGAAUCCAGCGUAUCAGCUGCAGGAAGUGGAGUUUGCAUUGCGGAAGGUUGGGUGUAAAGCUAUAGUGUGCCCAUCGGAGUUUAAGACUCAGAAAUACUGUGACAUGCUGAGAAAGAUAUGUCCAGAGAUCGAGUCCUCCACCCCAGGAGAUAUCAAGAGUGCCAGACUCCCAGACCUCCGCUCUGUGAUUGUCCUGAGCAGCCGACAGCCAGGAAUGCACCAUUUUGAGGACGUGAUGCAGGCGGGCAGCAGCCAGUACGUGAAGAAGCUUCAAGAUUUGCAAAAGAAGAUCUCGUUUGAUGACCCCAUAAACAUCCAGUUCACUUCGGGCACAACUGGAGCUCCAAAGGGCGCUACAUUAUCACAUCACAACAUUGUCAACAACGCCUACUUUGUUGGCAAACGCGUUGGAUACACCUGGAGGCCUCACACUCGUGUCUGUUUGCCUGUACCUUUGUACCACUGCUUCGGCUCUGUGGGUGGUGGGAUGUGCAUGGCCGUGCAUGGCCUCUCCGUGGUCUUCCCCUCUGCUGGGUACGAUGGAGCGGCCAACUUAGCAGCUGUGGAGAGUGAAAGGUGUACCUUCAUCUACGGGACCCCCACCAUGUAUGUUGAUAUGAUUGGCCAGAUGGGCUUGCGUAAAUAUGACUUGUCGUCAGUGAAGGCAGGCAUCAUGGCCGGUUCCCCUUGUCCUCCAGAGAUUGUGAAGAAGGUCAUUUCUGUAAUGGGCAUCGAGGGAAUAACAAUUGGAUAUGGCACCACAGAGAACAGCCCUGUGACGUUCUGUGCUUCGCCGGAAGACAACAUGAAGAGGAAGUCCGAGACAGUCGGGUACAUCAUGGACCACUUAGAGGCUAAAAUCGUGGAUCCUACAACUGGAGAGCUCCUACCUCUGGGCAUGCUGGGGGAGAUUAUGAUCCGAGGCUACUGUGUGAUGCUGGAGUACUGGGGCGACAAAGCCAAAACCGAGGAAGUCAUCUCUAAAGACGGCUGGUACAGAACUGGAGACAUUGGCAGCUUGGAUGCGUACAGCUACUGCCAAAUCGAGGGCAGGAUUAAAGACAUGAUCAUCAGAGGAGGAGAGAACAUUUACCCGGCUGAGAUCGAACAGUUCCUGCACACACACCCCAAAGUGAAGGAAGCACAGGUGGUUGGAGUGGAUGAUUACCGUUUGGGUGAAGAAGUCUGUGCCUGUAUCACACUGGUGGACGGACAGGAGUGUACUGAACAGGAAAUUAAAGCUUACUGCAAGGAACAGAUUGCUCACUUCAAGAUUCCUCGCUACGUACUUUUUGUAACCAGCUACCCGCUCACUGUUACUGGAAAGAUCCAGAAGCACAAACUACGAGAGAUCGCUGAAGAGCAGCUGGGACUGAAGAAGGAAAAAUGAGGGGCCAACAGCUCAUACAUUCCAUUGAGAUAAAAGAUAGAGAGGGAGAUAGAUUAAUUAGUGUGUGUUGUAUCCCACAAACACCAAUUGGGGUUACAUACCCAGCCAUCAGAACAUCUUAAAACCUGUUUUUUAAAAUGUAUUAAAGGCAGCCCUCGUGCCUUCAGUAAACAUGAUGGAUGGGUAUAAAGCUGUCCUGGGCCAAAUGAUUGUGUAUCUUCUUUUAACCAGCUGUUAAAGGAUUAUAAUCAUAUUCUAUAUUUCUCUUACUGUCAAUGAAUCCAAUGAAAAGCCCAACAAUCCUGUUAAUAAGUAUCGUCUGUGUAGCCGAAACAACUCCUUUAUCACCACAAACACGCACACUGUGGUUCAGUUUGAGUCAGUAACACCCUGACACGCUGUCCCGCUGCAAUGAAUACACACUAGAGCCCCAAAUGUGUAUUAAUCUGCAGCUGAAAAUAGAUCCUAACAAAUGCGCUAUUUGCACCUAUUAAAGUAACGUUGACUGGAAACUACAGUGCCCAUCUGUUUAAGGAAAUUACUGAACUUUUUAAAAACAAAAAUAAAACUAUGUAUUUAUAAUCAGUUUCUUAAAUAUCUACAUAAAUAUGAGCUGGUCCCCACACAGGGCUCUCAGACCCCAUUCUGGUCCCCGUUCUUUGUACAUGGAUGACCGAGUUAUCCAGAUUAAAAUGUCGAUAAUUUUACAAAAAAUCCAGAUUAAUUUUUUUAGUCCUUCUUGGCUGUUUUAUAAUUAAUCUGGAACUGUUGUCAUAGCAACAAGUCUUUAAACCCAAAUCUGCAAAGGUGACAGUUACGUGGAUCCUGAUUACGGCCUUUUAGGAUCAAUAAAUGUUCAGAUACAGUCAUCUAAUGAAAGAAUUAUGACGUAAUUAUGAUUUGUUGUAAUUAUGUGAUUUACUUAUACAUGUUACUCAUGUUACUCAUACAUGAUAAUAUAUACAAGUGUGCACUAGAAGGGAAGUUAAAUUUAGUUUUGGAUACUCGGAGCAAAAAGACAUAAACCUUAAAGGACCAAUGGAGCACAUUUAGUUUAACUUUUUAACACUAAACUUUGACUGACUGCAGAAUUCACUUUGCUGAAAGUCGUUUAUGCAAUUAAAACUUAUUUGUGUAAUGAAAGAGAGAGAAACACUGUGGAUCAUGAUGUGUAAUAAAAUAACAGCAGUACCAAUACAGGAUCACAUUAAAAUCAUGCUUUUUGUCUUGAUUUUGAUUGUUCAUAACACACCUACCUCAUUUAACAGCAAUCACAUCAUGAGCACCAAAUGAGAAUUGACAGCAUUAUUUUAGUCUUGCAUGUUAGCCUGAAUUAGCCAAGCCACAUUUGAAGAACAGUCUUUUCAUUAGAUUUGUUGACAUAAAGAAAAAAUAUUCAUCC